AUUGCCCUGGGAUUUUCUUCAUCGGUUUCUGCCCAGUUACUUAUCGGUGAUGGGUUGGUUGCCCUUUUCUCUAGUAUCAUUAACCUGGGUGCGCUAGUAGGCAGCCUAUUAGUCGGACCUAUGCUCAAUAACCGAGGUCGUCGAAAAACACUCCUUAUUUCCUCUAUCCCAUCAGUCUUCGGUUGGUUACUAAUUGCCGCCGCAAAAGGUCUUUCACCACCCGCCACCUCUGCUGAUCCAUUCUUAGUAUUUUCCUUCAUCUUGGGACGAUUUUUAUCAGGAUUUGCUGCGGGUAUCAUGAAUGCUGUCGCCUCUGUUUAUCUUGUUGAGGUUGCUCCACCACAUCAGUCUGGUCGUAUCGGUUCGCUGGCUCAGUUCGGAACUGUUGCUGGAACAUGUUUCGCCUACUAUUGUGGAAUGGUUUUUAUGUGGUAUGAAACAGCGUUUCUGGUGUUGGUACUCUCUGUGAUAUUGCUUGCCGCUACAUUCUUUUUACCCGAAUCGUCUGCUUGGUUAGUCAAACAUGGACAAAUGCAGGCUGCACUAAAGGACCUUACUUGGCUCCGAGGCGAUUAUCUUUGGCUUUCCGUCCUUGUCUUUAGAGCUGGACACCGAAUCAGGUGUUUUGCCAAGCAAUCGUGUCCGGUACGUAGUCUAAACUCAGCAACGGCUUCGAUUCUUGGCCAGUCGGGUAUGUCGGAGAGUGCCACUGUCCACUGUUUCUCCUUUGUUCGAGCUUUAAGUUCAUUGCACCUUGAGGUCUGGAAUUCUCUCCUGAUUAAGGCCUUCAUUGUGUGGAAAGACAUCGGGCGGUCCAUGCAUUGCAAAAUCGUUGUCCCCUUCUUAGCAACUGUUUUGGGUGUCUCUCUGUUUCCAAUAGAGUCUAUUGCUGACUGUGAGUCCGAAAGUAUCACCGCUUUGCAAAGAGUUGCAAUGCAGGAACUCUCUGAACUCGCUUCCUCUGGUUCUGAGCCCGACAAUUUCACUCUUCAAGAGCACUUUUUUGACAAACCACUUCUCAAAGUCCACACUCCCAACCUCAGUGUAAAGACCCAGGUCCUUCACCUCCUCCUGCCCUGUACCACCAUCCCACCAGAGCUAAGCGCAAACUUGCGGAUAGCCAUGAUCCUAAUGAUAGCGCAGCAGACAACAGGCAUCAACGUGAUCACUUUCUACACGGAACCCCUCUGUCAACGAAUGGUGCAUGUUAGUCACUCGGCUGAGUGUGCUUUCGCUUUGGGGCUUGCUCAACUCCUCUUCUCCCUUUUUGCCAGUCUCUUCAUUAUUGAUCGGCUGCCUCGAAGGAAACUUAUUGUUGCCACUGGCUUGCUCAUGUCUUCAUCUAUGUUCCUUUUUGCUAUUGGCCAACAGUUCCCCAAUUCCGCACCAAUAUCGCCACUAACCUCUCUGAUUGCCUUCCUCUUCGGCUAUCAAUGUGGAUGGGGUCCACUGGCGAUGCUCAUCACACUGGAGCUCUUUCCUUCUGCAUAUCGAGGCGUGGCAGGAGCAGCAGCGGUAGCAGUAAAUUGGGGAAUCACCUUUUUGGUGACCCAGUCAUUUCAACCCCUGGUGCGUUUCAGCGGCGAAUUGGCUGUCUUCGUUGCCCAUGCUAUCCUCACACUAUUCGCCUCGGUGUAUCUUCAUCAAAAAUUGCCAGAAACUAAUCCUCUCUUUAUGAGGUCUUUUACUUCAAGGUCAAUAGAUCAAAUUUCACCAUUUCUAUCAUUCCUCGGAUUAAUUGGAUUCCUCUUGGGUUUCCAGUCUGGAUGGGGCCCAUUGGGAUUGCUAGUAGCAGCUGAGCUCACUCCGCCUCAACACAGAGGGGGCGUGAGCGCAUCGGCUGUUGCUACUUCAUGGAUCGUCUCAUUUGUCAUUACUCAAACCUUCCAACCCAUUGUCAGCGUUAUUAAUGGUCACUCAUUUAUUCCUAAUCCAUCUGCCAAAAUCAAUGAAAAAGUCCCAAAUGGAGGUGAGAGCGGUGAAAUCGGGGAGUUGGUGGUCUUCCUCAUCUACAGUAUUCUCACGGCUCUUGCUUCAAUCUACUUCCAUUACCGACUGCCGGAGACAAAUAACGCUUUUAAACCGAAAUCCAAGUCGAGGGAGGAGUUUGCUUGA